AUGGAAUCUCGAUCGAAACGAAGACGAAAUUCCGUUGAACAGGCACCUCUUCCGACGAUCCCCCCCACUUCCAGCCCCGGCGUGUCCACUCAUCCCGAGCCUCCCGGUCCGCCCGACAACAAACGCCGUCGAACCAACCCCCCACGUCGUAAAGUUAACCCCCCACGUCGAUCUCCCUCUACCGCCCCGAGUAUGUCCUCCGUCGACCACCCAGCUGAUAACACCUGGGAGGAGAGAAAAAGCCAAGCGGAAUCUCGUAUCAACAAAUACGAGUGUUGCGGUCGCUCAAACGAGCAGUGUCUCACUAAGACACUAAACGCAGCAUUAAACUGGCUCCCUGAAGGAGGGAAAGACCUAUUGGCUGACGACAUCGUCAUCGCAGAGGGUGACGAAACUCUAUGGGAAGUCUUCGAUAACCUACGCACUGCAGUUAUCGAAACAAUCCGCUCAACUGGAAAGACUCCUUGCGUCACGCCGUCUCCGCACCAUAAACGCCAAGCUAGCGUUGAGAGGGUAGCGGCCAAGCUCCCCGACCCCCAGGUCCGUUCUCCAGCUUGGGCGAAGGACUGCAUCGACCGCGACAACCACCGCUGCGUCAUAAGUGGAGCAGCAACAGAAGCUGAGUGGGCGAAGAACGGCGGAGUCGAGGGUGAGCUCUGGGGGAAACUCGAAGGUGAUCAUAAUAUUGCUGUUAAAUGGGCAUCCAUCUACACUGCCUUCCCUCAAAUGAAAGCGAGAAUGAGAGCCUCCAGAAUCAACUCAUUGGAGAACGGGAUCACAUUGCACAAUCUAGUGCACGUUGAGUUUCAGGCCUUCAAAAUUGCACUCCAACCAACGGAGCGUACAAACUAUUAUAGCGUGAAAAAGUACCCCCGCUUUGAUAGUAUCCUCCAUCCUCAUAUCCAGAACGGCACGAUGGUCACUCUCCGUCAGGCGGACGGACACCAGGAGAAGCCACUCCCUGGUAGGGAAUUUCUUGAUACUCACUUUCGUCUUUGUGAGAUUUUUCAUGCGUCUGGCCUCGCCAAAGAGGUCGAAGAUAACUAUAGGCGCUGGGACCAGAUCAAACAGCAAGCAUCUGGCCAUUCCCUGCUGGAGGAUGGAUCAACCAACGUUGCCGAGAUUCUCCAGACUGCUUUAUUCAGCGUUGUCUAG